AUGCAACGCGGCCUGCCAAUGCAACCCACUGUGGUUGUCCUCAAAGAGGGCACCGACACUUCUCAAGGCAAUCCCCAAUUAUUGUCCAACAUCUCGGCUUGCCUUGCGAUCGCGGAAACCUUAUCCAGUACUCUCGGUCCCCGAGGAAUGGACAAACUCAUCGUGUCGGAUCGUGGCGAAGCCCAGAUCACAAACGAUGGAGCAACAAUUUUGAAAUUACUGGAAAUUGUUCAUCCAGCCGCGCGGACAUUGGUCGACAUUGCUCGUGCUCAGGAUGCGGAAGUCGGCGAUGGGACAACGAGUGUUGUACUUCUUGCUGCACAAUUGCUUAAAGAGAUCAGAGGGUUCAUUGAAGAAGGAGUCAGUCCACAUAUCAUUAUGAAGGGGUUCAGGAAGGCUUCUCAAUUGGCAAUGGACAGAAUAAAAGAAAUCCAGGUUACUGUCGAGAAGUCAGAUCCAGAACGCUUCCGUUCUUUAUUACUGAAGUGUGCAUCAACCUCGAUGUCCUCUAAACUCAUCCACUCCGAAAAGCCUUUCUUCUCUAAAAUGGUUGUUGAUGCCGUUCAGUGUCUGGACCAAGACGAUCUCGAUGAAUCUCUGAUCGGUGUAAAGAAAAUUGCCGGGGGAGGAAUGCAAGACUCGUUGCUAAUCCAAGGUGUUGCUUUCAAAAAGACGUUCACCUACGCAGGUGCAGAGCAACAGCCUAAACUAUUCAAAGAUCCCCUGAUUUUGUGCCUUAACGUCGAACUUGAACUCAAAGCGGAGAAGGACAACGCAGAAGUCCGGGUAGAACAUGUGUCUGACUAUCAGGCGAUCGUGGAUGCUGAAUGGGAAAUCAUUUAUCGAAAGCUGGAUGCUAUCGAAAAAACGGGCGCUAAGGUCGUCUUGAGUAAACUGCCCAUCGGUGAUCUUGCUACUCAGUACUUUGCCGAUCGCGACAUCUUUUGCGCAGGGCGAGUCGGCGCUGGAGAUCUUCGUCGUGUAGUUCAAGCUGUUGGUGGUUCCAUUCAAUCGACAUGCUCCGACAUUACCAGGGAACAUUUGGGAACAUGUGGAUCUUUCGAGGAGAAACAGAUUGGCGGCGAACGAUACAACCUGUUCGAGCACUGUCCGAAGGCAAAAACUUGCACAUUAAUCCUCCGUGGCGGUGCAGAACAGUUUAUCGAGGAAGUAGAGCGAAGUCUACACGACGCUAUCAUGGUCGUCAAACGGGCUGUGAGAAAUGGCGACGUUGUUGCUGGAGGUGGUGCCAUCGAGAUGGAUAUCUCCGCUCAUAUUCGUAAACAUGCCCUGGAAAUUCCUGGCAAACUUCAACUGAUCAUGACUGCUUUCGCUAAAGCCCUCGAAAUUAUCCCGCGACAAAUUUGCGAUAACGCAGGCCUUGAUUCGACAGACAUUUUGAACAAACUCCGGAUGAAGCAUGCCCAAGGAGAAAAAUGGUUUGGAGUAGACGUCGAUGGCGCUUCAGGUGUCCGUGACAAUAUGGAUGCCUUCGUUUGGGAACCUGCCCUUGUCAAAUUAAAUGCUAUCAGUAGCGCAGCCGAGGCUGCUUCGCUCAUCUUGAGCGUUGAUGAGACUGUCAGAAACCCACAAAGUGAACAGCAAAACCCAGGACCCAAGGCCCCUCCAGGUACUGCUCAGAGAGCAUUGCGUGGAAGGGGACGAGGUAUGCCCCGUCGGUGA